AUGCCGGAGGCAUAUGAGUACGUCGGGUGUGCGUUCGCAGCAAUCACAUUUCCAUUCUAUUGCCUGCUGCUGGAGAUGGUGCGGAGGUUCAGCAAGGAAACGAGCAGGACAAAUUCGUUUUACUUUAUAUUGCUGCUUCACGGGUAUAUUGAUCUGGGUAAGUUCGGGGAAUGGGGCAACGCUGUAUAGCUACGUUUAGACUCUAUGAACAGAGGAAUUGCUUCAAUUUUUCUUGCGGCAUUCACUUUUUGAUGGGAUUUGGCACAAGUUUUGGCUUUCUAAGGCGCAUUCGGUAUUUCUAUAAUAGCCAUCGCUUUGCGGAAAAAACGAUUUUUAGUCCGACAAAUGGGCUCUCAGCACUCCACAUUUUGAACGCUAUCUCGGAAAAAGCGAUUAUUAUCCAUAUCUCAGCGGUUCCUGCAAAUCGCGAUCUAAAAAUUCCAAGGAUUAACAGUUGGAUCAUGUCCAGUAGAUAUCCAAAAACUUCAACAAAAUCUGAGCGUCGCACUUGGAAAAUUUCCCUUUCUAAAACUAUCGAAACUCGACUUUCCGACACAAUUGUCGCUAUGCAAAUAUUUUACAAAACAAAUUUCAGUCUCGCUUCUCAACAAUAUCAUCUUUUACACACUUUCCCGCUGGGGAGUUUGUCCUCAAUUUUACAUGUGGGCCGGUGAGCCGUUCCUUCGAAUCGGGUUUUUCCUCUCCUGGGCUUGCAAUGUAAUGCAAGCGCAGGCCACAUUAUUGCUCGGGAUCAACCGAUUUACGGCGAUUGUAUAUUCUCAACGCCAUAGCCAAGUGAGUUUGUCGUGUGUGGAUAAAACAUCAGAGCCUGAUCUUAUCAUAACGAUUCUUUGUUUUAGUGGUGGACAAGUUCUCGGAGAGCAAUAGCAGCUUUUAUAAUCUUGCCAGGAGUGGUUAUGGGCGGGGUAAUCAUGUUCAGCGAUAUGUACUACGUGCCAUAUGAUCAUGGCGGAGUUAUCCCGAAAAUGGUCAAGUAAGAAGUUGACUCAUAAAUAAGAUUGCCCGGAUUGCUCAUCUUUUUCAACCCACCUCAAACACACUGAAUUUUCAGCAAAGCCCUAGCGCACAUCGGCUUCGGAAUCGCCGGUCUUCUCCUCAUCCUCUACUGCCUAGCUCUAAUUUUCAUGUACCUCUAUAUUUGGUAUGUUGUUCGACAACAUCGCUUCAGCGCUGUCUACAAAGUCACCGAUGUCCCACAAACUGUCCAGGUCGUCAAUAGAAAUGCGAUACAACGCAGACGAGAGAAGAAACUGCUAAUAAUGUCAGCGCUAAUUUGUGCCACACAAGUUGCGGCUUCAACGUUCUUGGUCUACAAAUUUACCCAUGGGAAAAUCGACCAGGAUUUGAGUCUGUACAACUUUUUUAGGUGAGUAAUGGACCGUUUCGUCGAAAAACGAAAUGUUGGCCCCCUACAAACCGUCUUACAGGUUUUUUACAUGUAUCUGCAAUUCCAUACGAAAUUUCUCCCACAAAAAUAACAAUGUCCUUUUAACUCCAACCACAAUUCAUUCCUUUCUUUCCAGUACCGUAUACAGCGCCGUGAACCCGUACUUCGUCAUAGCGUUCAGUGACGUGAUACGGCAACGUCUCGUCGAAGCUUUCACCCGCAGCAAUAAGGGCCUCAAAGUGGAGCCCCACCACAGCUCGUCGUUGGCCGUUAUUGGAGGGAAUCCGCGACGAACCGUAACCUUUUCCAGGGGAUAA